AAUAUGGCGAGCAUACUAGGACCACGCUUUUUGCCAUUUCUUUUCUAUGCUCUGGCAUUUUUUAUGUGGUUAUUUCUCUCGUUCGCAGAAGAUGCUUUGACCGUGUUUCAGCAAAAACCUCUCAUCUUUUCACCAAUCAGGACAGUUUUGAAAGAUCCUGUAGGCAUUAACAAUACCCCGGCUGUGAAUAUUUCGCUUCCAAACUUUUAUGUCAGAGACAGAGUUUCAAAGCGAUUAAAGAAAUGGCAAAUCAUCCAAAUCUACAAGACGAGCGUGAAGCCGGAAGACUUUGAUUUCCAAGUCAAUGAAACUUUGUUGCUUCGGGAUGGUAAAACGGAAUCGAUUCCUGCGCAACAGACAUGCGCAGUAGUUGGAAACUCUGGAAUUCUAUCCAAUAGUACCUGUGGGAGCAUGAUUGAUAGUCACGAUUUUGUCUUUAGGAUGAACCUGUCUCCAUUUGGUUUGAAGUAUGGCGAGGACGUUGGAUACAAAGCCAAUAUCACGACGUUAAAUUAUUCACAACUGAAGUCUGCGGCUAAGUGUACAAAGAAACAUUUUCCUAACAUAUCUGUUGGAUGCCAGGAUACGUUGACAAAAUUGAAAUUGUAUAACAAUUCUGUGGUAUGGUACCCGAAAGGAGGAUCUCGUAAAGGAAACAUGAACGUUUUAUCAAGAGGAAUGAUCGAUAGCUUCGGUUUCAACGCCAGAUGGGCUUAUAGUCCCGCUAGCUUGUUUGGUGUCGUGCCCAGGAUUUGGAAAAAGCGGACUCCGUCUACAGGUCUACUCAUUUUGUCAGCAGCAUCAUUAUUCUGUGAAAGGAUUACAAUGUUUGGAUUUUACCCCUUCUCCGUCGAUGCACACAACAGAACGUUAACGUACCACUACUACGACUCCUUUCCAAUGAACCACUCCACAAAUGCGCACAAGAUGCCAGUAGAAUUCAAAAUCUAUCGACAGUUACAGAAUCAAAGUGCCGUGGAGCUGCAGCUGGGGGAGUGCAAUUAGUAAUCAGGAGAGCAUAUACGUCUUUCACGAAACAUUUAAUUUAUUCAAGCAACACAUUCCGAUGAUUUUACCCAACAUUCGUGUACUAGUAAAACAACAUCUUAGUCGUCGUCCAAGAUGUCUAACUCCCGUGGCAUCAGACGCGCCAUCACCAAAAUCUUAUCUACCCUCUUUUAUCUUGUGUGCAAUGUUAGAUCGGCCUGCAAUAAGUUUGAUGAGUUAUCGGCCGUUAUCUCAUAUUUUGAUGUAGACAUUGUCGCCAUUACUGAGACGUGGUUUAGAGAUGACUGUCCACCUAAUAGUUUCUCCAUCCCGGGCUAUUGUUUAGGAGCUAAAUCAAGAUGUGAUCGACGAGGUGGUGGAGUAGCGAUAUACAAUGCGUUUCAGAAAAAAGGUAAUCCAAAUCUAGAGGGCUGGUAUUCGGAUCACAUUAAAAUUUGUGUAAUUAUUCUGCAUGGAUAUAAAAGAGUAACUCAUCAGCUUUCCAUUGGUACCAUAUUUGUGACAUUUGUGCCACGCAUGACAAAAUUAAGUGAUGUUGAAGAAAACAGGUGCAGGUACCACUUUUUCCAAGUUUUUGAAAACUUGAAAGAGCAAAUGCUGAUGUAAAUACUUUCACCAAAUCCUGAGCUUCCAAAAAUCUUGAUUGGACCUUUUUCUUCCAAUGGACUGCAAAUAGGCGAAUGUACUUGCAAAUGAUUAAUGAGGAGAUUGUACCACGGUCGAUGGACCAAAUUUUGAUAGGCAGGUUCGAGGAGUGUACCUGCGUCCGAGUCUUUGGUGGAUUCAGGACUAGCACUCCUGUCCAUCGUUCGAAAAUCUUUCGAGAUAGACUCAAAGAACUCUUUGAAGUUUGGACAUGAAUGUGUUGCCCUUAACCAUGACGUAGAAUGGCCACCAAGAUUCUCUGACCCAGCGCCUGUGAUUGUUUCCUUUGAGGACACUAAAAAACAAGGUAUUUGUAAUUCCUCCUUAAGAUCUUGAUGAUUUGCAGGGCCGAAUUCGACAUAUUAGGUGGAAGCUUUUUGUGCCGACAAUGGUUAAGACAGCUGUAAGAUAUCCUUACUCCCUCCACGCUACAGGUUUUGUGUGCAAAGGAGAGGAAGAUAUGUUGAAGGUGUGGGUGAAUUAACCUUUCAAUCACCAUUUCAGAGAAUGCCUUGACUCUUUUACAGUUUAUUCUAUCAAACGCAAAUUUUACCCACAUUACCCAAACUUGGAAAAAAUUGUACCUGCACCUGUUGUCUUCAACAUCAAUUAAUUCGGUUAUGAGUGGCGCAGAUGGUACAAAUAGGGUAUCAAUGGAAAGCUGAUGAGUUUUUCUUCCAUAUCCAUGCAGAAUAAUUCCACAAAAUUAAAUAUGAUCCAAAUAUCGGCCCUCUAGAUUUGGAUUACCUUUUUUUCUGAAACGCACUGUAUGUGAGAGAGUUUUUGAAUCCUUUAGUCAACAUCCAAGUUCCCGACGACCUUGAAGUGACAUGGAUGAAGAUACGCCCUCCCCGUCUUCCGAGAUCUAUCUCUUGUAUUUACUGUGCUGUUGUAUACUAUCCAAACACCCGAUGGAGAACUUGAAAGUGAACUAAAUCAUCAUUUAGUGAAUACUAUAGAUAUUAUCCUAACUAAUCACGUGGAUGCAGGAAUUGUGGUAUUGGGCGAUUUUAAUCAAAUGAAUAUUGAUCCAGUAAUUAUAACUUAUCCUUUUCGACAAGUUGUUGAUUAUAUAUACGACAGUGCAGCGGCGGCGUUUGGACGAUGGAUAUCUAAUUAUGACUGGCCAGAAUUAAAGGACCAUCCUGAUGUAAACGUUCUAUGUAAUUAUUUUCAUCUAAAGUUGAAUUCUGCAAUAAACAAAUAUUUUCCUAUUCGCAAGGUAGUUCUUUAUGUUAGAGAUAAACCCUGGAUGACAGGAGAAAUCAAAUCUCUGAUUCACAAGAGACAGAUUGCAUUUCAUCUAGGGAAAGAAAAUGUUCGGAAGCGGUUGAGAAACAAAAUAAAUUCUCUUAUAAAGAAAUCAAAAUUAAAUUUCUACUCAUCGAGGAUCCAGAGACUUAAAAAAAGUAAUCAUUCACGAUAGUAUCAAGAAAUAAGUAUCCUUACAAAAGGAAACUUAGCAUCACUAAACAUCCGGGUUGAAGGUAUUGAUCCUAUAAAAUGAAAAUAGCAAAUGCUAUCAAUGAACAUCUCAUGUCUGUCUCUUCUGACUUAGAGCCAUUUAAUAUGGCGUGUCUUCCUGCAUACCUACCAUCAUGAAGACUUCCUGAUGUAACCCCAUGGCAAGUUAAUAAGGCCCUUUCAAAAAUCAAAGGUUCAGAGACUAAUGGCCCUGAAGGUAUUUCAGCGCGUUUGAUUCGUCUUUUUUUCUGUAGAACUCUCUGAUCCUUUAACAUGCAUAAUCGAUGCUUCUUUCAGGCAGGGUAAAGUUCCGGACUCUUGGAAGCGGGCCAUCGUGGUGCCGAUUCCGAAAGUUAACCCUCCAAGUAUUGACAAACUUAGACCUUUAUCUCUGACAGAUCACUAUGCUAAGGUUAUACAAGGUUUUAUAGCAGAAUGGAUGAAUCAAUAUAUCUCUAAACAUAUUGAUCCUUGUCAGUUUGGAAACCGAAAACAUUAUCAACCUCACAUUGUUUAAUUAACAUUCUUCACCAUAUUUUCUUGAAUGCGGAAACACCAAAAACAUUAUCAACUGUACUUCUCAUCGAUUUCAAAAAGGCAUUUGACAGAAUAGAUCAUACAAUUGCCAUAAAAAAAUUUACCGAUUUUUUUUUUUUUUUUAAACAAGUGCACACCUAGUUACAAAUAAUGCGUAAAGCAUUUCCUUUUAUUUGAAUGCAGGAUAAAAGAGCAUAGGUGUCGUAGCCGGGGAUCGAACCCCGGACUUUCCAUGUAUAGCCAGGCGCCUUAGACCACUCGGCCACGGCACCUCCAAAUUGGUCUGCGCCCAUCGAUAGUUCUUUGGAUAUCAGAUUUUCUGUCUGAGCGUAAACAAUGUGUACGUUAUCAGAUUGGUGCCAAAUCAAGGCAGGUGUGCCCCAGGGUAUAAAAAUCGGUCCCUUAAUUUUUCUUGUAAUGAUAAAUGACUUUAAAACCAAUGAUUGUAUGCAUAUGUUUAAAUAUGUUGACGAUUUAACUCUGGUCGAAUGUCGUAAAUCAAACCACUUUCAAACAUGCAAGAAGCAGUAACAUGUCUGUAUAAAUGGGCUGAAUCCAAUAAAAUGCAAUUGAAUCCUACAAAGUGUAUCAAAAUGGACAUCUGUUUCUCUAGAGAUCCAGUUAACCACUAUCCACUUACCCUUGAUAAUUCUGUACUUGCUAGUGUGACCCAAGUGAAAUUACUUGGCGUUACAAUACAGAACGAUUUAAAGUGGGAAGCACAUAUUUCUGACAUAAAAAAAGAGAGCAAAUGCAAAACUAUAUAUGCUCCGCACCUUAGCAAAAUAUAGUCAUUCUCACGAGGAUUUAGUUACAAUUUUCAUUGGCUAUAUUCGCCCAAUACUUGAGUAUGCUGCUCCAGUUUGGAGCGGAUGUCCUUUAGAAAGAAUUCAAAAACGCGCCUUAAGAAUUAUCUUUAGAAAUGAUUAUGAUUGUUACACUACUGCUCUUACUGUGUCAAAAUUACAACAAUUAGAAAAACGUCGAAAUGAUCUGAGUGUCGCCUUCUUCAAAAUGACUUUAUUGCAAACAAUAAAUUUACGAAAGACAAGAAAGAUAUACGAACCCAAAUGUAAAACUAAGCGUAUGUGGAACAGCACAAUCCCUGAUCUGAUCCGUUAAAACAACAACAAAAACCCUUGAAUGAUUAUGCUUUUCGUAUUGUAUAUUACUGUUAGGAUUGUUUGUCAUGUUCAUUGUCGUAACUUGCCCUUUAUUCUUAUUUAUUUGUCACAUGUUCUUGUCAGGAUCAAUCUCAUUCCCUCCCUAAUUUAUUUUUUUCUUCUAUUUUCUAUCUAACUUCUAUAACCCUGUACUCUUUCCUUGCCUUCUCCUUUCCAAAAAUCUAUCUUGAUCCUGACAAUAUACAGUUAUGAUGCAUGAAUGUAAGUUUAAUAGUUUUAAUUGUAUCAUAAGAUCAAUGGUAUACAGUAUAUUAUCGACUUUGCACACUUGAAAAUUGUAUUGUAUUCAAUGAAAUGUAUACUUGGAUUUUUAACUUUGUAAUUCACAUGCAAUUCAGUUUCUUAAUUGCAAUAUGUGGAAAAUUUUAAUAAAUACCAUUUAUCUAUC